CCUGGUGGGAGGGAGGGCCCGGCUGUCCUGGCAGGAGCCUGGACAGAGGUUGGGGAGCAUCCAGGUGGGGCCAGAGCGACAGCGUGCGUGCCGGGCAGCAAGGAGGAGGCUGGCAGCGACUCCCAGGCAGAAGAGGAACAUGGCGCCGCUCCCGGGGCUCCUGGUGCUAAGCUUGUCCUGCCUGCAAGGCCUCUGCUCAGCGUUCUCUCCUGUGGCAGCCAUGCAGCCCUUGAACUAUCAGCACGGGCUCGGGCAGACCCAGGAGAGGCUGUCCCCUCUCACCUUCCUCAAGUUGGGCAACCAGCAGGAGGCUGAUGACCGCAAUAUCUUGAAGAGGGCCCCAGGAAACUGCAAGGGGCCCCCCACCCCAGAACAGAUACGCAAACUGGCGCAGGCCAUGAUGGUCUUCACCACAGACCUCUUCUCCUUGGUGGCCCAAACAUCCAACAGUCCCAACCUCAUCCUGUCACCUCUGAGCGUGGCCCUGGCACUGUCUCAUCUGACGCUAGGUGCCCAGAACCAGACGCUGCAGAGGCUGCUGCAGGUGCUGCGCGUGGACUCGGAGCCCUGCCUCCCCUCCGUGCUGAGCCACCUCUGCCAGGACCUGGGGCCCGGGGCACUCCGCCUGGCUGCCAGGAUGUACCUGAAGAAAGGGUUCCCCAUCAAAGAGGACUUCCUGGAACAGUCGGAACAGAUCUUUGGCGCAAAGCCCGUGAGCCUGACGGGAAGGAAGGGGGAGGACCUGGAGAACAUCAACCACUGGGUGAAGGAGGCCACAGAGGGGAAGAUCGAGAACUUCCUCUCAGAACUGCCGCAGGACACGGUGCUGCUGCUGCUCAACGCCAUCCACUUCCAGGGUUUCUGGAGGAGCAAGUUUGACCCGAACCUCACCAAGAGGGAUGUUUUCCAUCUGGAUGAGCAGUUCAUGGUGCAGGUGGAGAUGAUGCAGGCCCACUCCUACCCGCUGCGCUGGUUCCUGCUGGAGCAGCCUGAGAUACAGGUGGCUCACUUCCCCUUUAAGAACAACAUGAGCUUCGUGGUCCUGCUGCCCACCCGUUUUGAGUGGAACGUAUCCCAGGUGCUGGCCAACCUGAGCUGGGACACCUUGCACCCGCCCUUGCUGCGGGAGAGGCCCACGAAGGUCAAACUGCCCAAGCUGCAUCUCAAACACCAGCUGGACCUGGUGGCCACCCUCAGCCAGCUGGGCCUGCAGGAGCUGUUUGAGGCCCCAGACCUGCGGGGGAUCUCUGAGCAGGGCCUGGUGGUGUCCAGUGUCCAGCAUCAGUCCACGUUGGAGCUCAGCGAGGUGGGCGUGGAGGCGGCGGCCGCCACGGGCACCGCCAUGUCCCGCAUGUCCCUGUCGGCGUUCAGCGUGAACCGCCCCUUCCUCUUCUUCAUCCUGGAGGACACCACGGGCCUGCCCCUUUUCGUGGGCAGUGUGAGGAACCCCAGCCCCAGCCUAUCGCCCGAGCGGAAGGAACAGCAGGAUGCCCCCAGCGACAGGGAUGACGACAUCUACCACCUCCUGAAAGUGUUUGCCCAUGGAGACAAGUCCCUCGACCGCAUCUUGAAACUCAUGCCCCGCAUGGAGGAGGAUUACCCCGAGCCCAGCAGCCCCAAGUGAGGGACAGGGGCCGCCAGCUUCCCGAGACCUGGCUGGGGUUCUCAACUUCUGGGACCCUUUCCAAACUGGCUGGCAGAAGGCGGGAGCCGAAGGCCGUGAUCCCGAGUCAUUUCUUCUCGGGGCUCAGCGGGGGGCUGGGGCCGGGGCGGAGGUGCCCACUGGGGCUGAGUGGCUCCACUUUGGUCGGGAAGGCAGCGGGGUCUUCCUCCCUGACUGAGCUGGAAUACCUCCAUGAGGGUUUUCCCGAGAGGCAGGGCUGGGGUUAUGGGCUGCUCUCCCGGGCCAAGGAGACAUCCUCGGGGUGGCGGGGCAGAGCCUGGGGUCGGACCCUCUAGGUCAACCUGGCUCUGCUGUGGACAUGAAGGUGGGACAUGCCAUAUGAGCUGCUUCCAUCAUCAUGUCUGACCCCCAGCACCUCAGUCUCCCUGCUGGCCCUCACAGACCCCCACAGGGUGGGUGCCCUGCCCUCCUCUCUCGUGUCUUCCUCCUCUGCGUGGGGUCUUAGAGGCUGACAGGGAAGGGUCCCUUUGCUCUCUUUUGUAAAGUUUUUGUAGUGAUUUUUAUGCCACCUGAAUAAAGAAUGAAUGGAG